AUGCGUCACCCAGCACUUAAAGUGAAUUCGAGUAUGCCAUUCAAUGCUGAGCCGCCAGCAGAGCUGUUGAUGGAGUCGUUUACCACUCCGAAUAAAUUGUUCUUUGUAAGAAAUCACUUGCCUGUGCCAGAAAGUAAGCUUAAACAACACACGGUGACUACCACGGUGCAGUGCGCUGGCGACCGACGUGCAGAGAUGUCAGCGGUGAAACCAGUUAAUGGACUGAGCUGGGAUACGACGGCGAUAUCUACUGCUAAUUGGACGGGUGUGCUGCUGUCGGACGUGCUCGCGAGUAUUAGUUCCGGACAAAGAUUUGCGAAAUGGACACACGUGCAUUUUGAAGGGCUGGAUGCUGAUAUAGAGGGAAACUGUUAUGGUGCGUCGAUUCCGAUUUCCACCGCGUUGGACCCCCGGAAGGAUGUACUGCUUGCAUUUGAGAUGAAUGGUGAAACGAUCCCGCGUGACCACAGAUAUCCUUUGCGUGUAAUUGUUCCUGGCACAGUAGGUGCUCGUAACGUGAAAUUUCUUCACCGUAUCGUGCUUUCAAGCGAAGAAAGCCCUAGUUUCUGGCAGCAGCGUGACUACAAGGGGUUUCCACCUAAUGUAGAUUACUCUCAUGACAACUUUUGGAAAUAUGCUGAUAGUUCUAUUUUGACUGUGAAAGGAUACGCCUGGAGUGGCGGCGGUCGAAACAUCAUUCGUGUUGACGUUUCAACGGACGGCGGUAAGACCUCGACGCCUGCUGAGCUGCAUGAGUCUGGUAAACGUCAAACAUACAACCGUGCUUGGGCGUGGACUCCUUGGGAGAUAGAUGUCAAAAUUCCUCUUGGCACAACGAAACUAGACAUCGUAUGCAAGGCCGUAGAUGCGUCCUACAACGUGCAACCUGAUACCAUUGCUCCUAUUUGGAAUAUGCGUGGCAUACUAAACAAUGCGUGGCACCGGAUCCACGUAUUGGUGGCAGAAUCUGACGAGGAUAACGGCGAUGAGGAUGAGUCAUGUGCUUGA